ACCCUGACAAGUGUCAACGCUGUGGUCAAAAUUUAAGUGUCAAGAAUCGAAAGUUGUUUCAACAAUUCCAAUGUUAUUAAUAUUUCUUAUAAAAUUCACUAUUAAUCUUAGCUAUGUUCUACCUUACUCAGAAAUUGAUGUACUUAUAAAAUUCUAAAUGUCGUUAUAUUAAGUGUGUAUGUGUAAAACAAUACAUGUCUAUAAAGUCUAUUUUCGUGUAUACACUGUCAUCCAAAAUGGCAGGGAAGACGAAAAACUUGCAAUUGGACAUUAGCUGAUGUGAAAUGUGAAUUUAUAACAACUAUUGACAGUGUAGUGUAGGUGGAGUGUAAGUUAGACCGAAAUGUGGACAUAGCGUGUAAAAUGGGUUCGCAGAUAUUGGAAAUCCUACGCCAGGGUAUAUGGGCAUCAUUGACUGGAGGAUGGUUUUAUGAUCCCCAUCAGAAUUUGUUUUGCAACACGGUACAUCUGUAUAUAUGGCUGUUUCUCUUGUGUCUGCCGUUUUCUGUGUACUUGUAUUUUCCACCAGCAAGUCUCGGAUGGUUAGUGUAUUGUGCUCUAGUGGCCCUUCUAUUCACUGCCCUUAAGUUGAUCAAUCACGGUCUACACCAUAUGUAUGAUACUAAUGAACUCAUUGUGGUACAGUCUACAGAUGAAGCAGGAAAUUCUAAUGAAAAUACUGCGCCAGAGGAAGGUAUAGAAAUGCAGAACCUGGGAGGUACAGCAGCUCCACAGAGUGAUAAUGACUCGGUGACCUCACUUGAGUAUCACAAGCCAAACAACAGUACUAUAGAUUUGAAAGCUGAUGUUCAUCGAAAAAAUAGUUCCGAAUCGAGUAUGGAAGAUAGUGCUUUGUCUACUAAGCAGACUGAACCUGUUGCCACGACAAAAUCUGAUCUUUGUGUAGCACAAAAUGUAGAGGCUCCAGGGCCUUCAAAAACCCGUCCAACGAGAAGCCGGUCUAAAUCCGGUCACAGAAGGGAACAUAGGACAAAAACUAGACGAGGACAUGGUCGAAUCGACGAACUUAUUGUCGAGGAGUCUAGGAAUCCUAGGAUAGAUAAUAACAUACCAGUUCAUAUGUUAACAGAUGAGGGUCCAUUCGCUAAAGUGAGUAGGAGGUAUCAUGAGUGUCCACAUCGUCGUGGAUCAAGUAAUAGAGACUUCUUUAAGGAAUGGCUUUAUUUAGAUGGUAGUGAGGCGACUGGAGAACCUUAUCAAUCAAAGUUUGCACGUCAACUUAGUUCCGAUUCUAGAGAUAAUUCUGAACCUAGUGUAGGACCACCAUCUCCGAAGAAGAGAACAGCACAACGGCGAAGGUAUACCAAUUAUCAUGACGAAAGUUGUACAAAAUCAGCAAUGGCUCUUGCUACGCAGUCAUCAAACAUGAGAAGAAAUUCUAACUCAACUAUGUCUACGAUACAAUUGCCUUUAUUAAAUUCAACUGCUCAGCUUGUUUCUCAUAUGAGGAGGCACUCUAAUAAUGCUGAUCAUGGGUUCUUUGCAAGUGUCGAGUUAGGAGAAUACAUGAUGGUUAAAGCCGAAGCUCCAGUAAAUGAUACAGAUAAAAAUAAAGGUAAAAGUCCCGGCGUUCGGCGCAUUAAAAGUGCAGCAUUGGAAAUUGGGUGUCCGCCCCCUAGUGUAUCAAAUCUAUCACCCCAUCCAAACAGUGCAGAGACAAUCGGCGGGCAGGUGUUGAAAAAUCCUAAAAGUGCAGUAAUACCGCCACCAAGUAAAUGCUUGACUCGUGGUCCCCAUUUCAAUCUUUAUCCUAAAAAUGAAUCUGGAGAAGGUUGUAGUCACCCCUAUCUUACAUAUGGUUCAGAAAUAGUUUACCCGAUUGCUGAAAUUUCUGACGAAAUGCAAACAUCUCAGAAGGAAACAGAUUUGGAUUCUAGUGGCGAAAGUUACAGUGAAUAUGAAGAUGAAAAACAGUUUCGUGGAUUCGAUUGGGAAGCGGAACAAUCGCCAGCUAUACGUUCCAGUGAUUCCGAUUAUGAAAAUAAUGGUUCCAGAUCACCAUUACUUGAUAAAAUUAAUGAUGUUAGAAUGAUUCGUUCAAAAAACCAAAUAGAUUGUAAAAAACACUGCUGUCAAAGACAUCAAAAACAUCUACCUGAAUGUCCAAAUAAUAAAUCAAAACAUGUUAGGCUAAAAAAAAUUAGUAAAUCUGAUAUUAGAACUGAUAAACUAUCAGAUUACUGUAAUGAUUGUAGAUUUCAUCUUCGCCACGAUUACUUCGAUAAAGCUAGUGCAAGUUCAAAAGAUUUGCUAAUAGAAAAAUCAAGCUUAGAAUCCAAUGAAAAUGUAGAUCCAUCAGAUAAACCAGCACAAGACAAAAACCCCAUUGAAAAAAAACUUUGGGACCAUGAUAUAUCCAAUACUAGUAGCAGUAGCAGUGAGAUUGAGAGGCCAGAAGACGAGGUAAAAGAUGAAAAGAAUAAUGCCCCAGAGACUGAAGAAUCACAAUUAACUUGUGAUAGUAAAAGCGCUGAUGAAAAAAGCGUUUACAGCUUAGAUUGGUUAUUUGAAGAGACUUCCGAAGCAAAAGCGUGCUGUGUUGAAGAUUUGGGUCCAGAAGAGGUUUUAUGUAAAAAGUUAGCUAAUGCUUUAGGUGAAUCAUCUUCUAAUGUACCAAAAAACUUAGGAGCUAUACCAAAACAAAUAAAAAACUUAGCGCGUUCACGAACUUCCUCACAGAAAGAGAACAAAAUGAGAGAUUCUAAAAAAGAAAAAGAUGAAAAUCAAUCUGAAGAGAGAAUACUGAUGGAUGCUGUAGAAGCUCAAGCUGCCUUGGUACAGGGAUUAGAAUGUCUUUUUGCAGCUACCAAUGCUAAUACUGUAGUAAUGCCGCCUCCUAAUAGAGAUGAAAGAUCACGGAGUCACAGACAAAGCAUACGAGGAGAAAGAGACAGUUUACACAAAACUAGAAAACGAUCUAUAGAGGAAGUUGCACAAACAUCAACUAAUACUUUACUCCCAACAUCAAUGCCUCUACUCGCCGCCUUUCUUAAUUCGAGAGUAGACUUUAUACCUUGCUGCGUAAAUGACAAUCCGCCUGAAGGGCAAGGCCCGGAGGAAGGUCAGAGAUUAAGGCCCCUUAUGGAUAGAAACCACCGAAACAGAGUCAGAAAAAUAAAGAGAUCAACUCGCCAGCGGAAUAAUCCUUCUAUACAAAAUACUCCUACGGAUAAAAAAGACAACCCAUCGAGUUCGGAAAAUCCUAACUCUAAUAGUGUGCACUUUGCUACAUCGUUUGAUGAUACCACUGAUGGCGCUAUACAUUGUUUCAUGGACGAAUAUGGCAAUUGGAUGUCUUACACCUUUGACAAAAAUAGUUCGGGAAGAGCUCAAGCACAACCAAUUCCUUUGCCCGAUAAAGAUGAAGGAGUGCGAUGCAAUCAUCCUAAAUCUGUUGAAAAUCACGAUAAUUCACAAGAAACAGCAGGCGAAGGCAGUUGUGGUUCGUUAGAAUCAGAAGCUGCAAAUAGUGAAAGUAUACCAAAGCCUAAAAGAGGUGAUAGUAUAGAUCAAAGUUCUUCUAAUCAAGGCAGUAAUAAUCCUUUAUUAUCCAGCAACAAUAAUGUAUCAACCAUUGUACCAAUAAACACUAACAGCUCGAAUAAACGUUUUUACGUGUUCGAUGGAGGGACUGGCUCGCACACCGACCAGCCAAGGUCGCCUGUUGCAUAUGUGACUGACAGCUUAUUAGAACAAAUAGAAGCAGAAAGACAAUCACGUAUGGGCCUUCCAAGUAUGCAUAUCAAUUUCUUAAUGAGUCAACAAAGAGCACAGCAACAAGCACAACAACAGGCAGAGAACACUUCAACUCAUAUACCGAGCUUGAUGCCUUCCAUAGGAGAAGAAAGCUUAGACAUUAAUAUUAGAAGUAAAUAUCCCAAAUUAUCUGACGAUUUGGAGAAAUCAAACAAGCCGAAAUCGAAAAGUUACUACAAGUUUAAACUUUCGAAAUGUUUAGAAGUCAAAGUUACAAUGGAUAGGUUAAAACUGAUGGCGCUUUUCGACAGAAACCUAACGUUCAGAGAAACUUUUAUAUCAAUAAUGUUGGCUGUAGCGGUUGCUGCAUUAGGGUCCAUGGUGCUAAAUCUCGGCUUUUACAGGGACAUUUAUGCGUUUUGGUUCUGUUUUAUUAUGGCUGGUAGUCAAUAUUCCCUUCUCAAAAGUGUUCAACCGGAUUCAGCAUCACCGGUACAUGGCUUUAAUAAAAUGGUCGUUUUUUCACGUCCUGUAUAUUUUUGCCUUUGCACGGCCAUUUUAUGUGCGGUUAAUAAUCAACUGCAGCAGAUCUCACCACCUGAAGAAACUCAUUUACGCACUAGACGAAAUGCUCACGAUGCAAAACCCUUAACUAUAUAUGGAUUUGAACUGAGCGAACGUGAUUGUUUAUAUGUGAUACAAGAAAUUAUUUCUAAGUUCCUCUUAUUUUUUCCUUUAGCGUUUAGUUUGGGAUUAUUUCCCCAAGUCAAUACGUUCCUUAUGUACUUACUAGAACAGAUAGAUAUGCAUGUAUUCGGUGGAAAUGCAACGAGCAGUUUGAGCGCAGCCGUGUACUGUGUGGUUCGAUCUAUAGCAGCCAUUGGAGUUUUAUAUGGCUUUGCAUAUAGUGGUCUUGUUGAAGGAAAGAAAACACAACAUCAAAAACAUAAUAUACUAUUUUCAAUAUUCUGCGGUCUCUUGGUACCAAUAGCGUAUCAUUUAAGCCGAAGUGCGAGUGAUUAUACCCUUAUUUGGAACUUAAUAAAGAAGCAUCUGCUGCCACCCGAGCUAUAUAUCGUUCAUAGUCCUGAAUGUUCUCCGGGGAUGGAAAAAACCGAUCCCAGUACAUUAAGUGAAGAGAAGAAAAUUUAUUCUGAGAGUAACAUAUCUAAGCAAAACUCUAUAGGGAGUUCAGCUUCCAAAAUCAACUUUAGCUCUGAAACUAAUAUUGCACGACAACAGAAAAGGUCACAGACGUCAAGCGUUAGUUCAUUAAAAGUGGAUCCGAGGGGUGACACAAUGAAAUCGACGACUUCCCUAAAAGCUGACCGCUCUGAAGCCCCUACUGAGACGGAAGAGAAAAGUAAAGACUCAAAUACACUGAAUUCAAAUGCUAAUAAACAGGACAAUGACAAACCAGACGAAGACAUGGAAGAUCCUUUACCGAAAAAGUUACAAGCUACUAUUAACGCAAGAUUAAAAAACGAUGUCAUAGUUUGCACAUUUCUCGGACUUUUUGUAUUUGGGCUACAUUGUACAACAGUCUUCACAACGCUGAGACCACAGCUUAAUACGGUUCUCUGGAUAAUAGCGGGUAUCCUGGGCUGGUUUUUGCACUACGUCACGCCACAGCUGCGCAAGCAACAGCCCUGGCUCUGCCUCGCGGGGCCCGUGCUCAAGCAGCACGAACACGCACAGUUCGAGGUCACGGAACCCGCUAGACUUAUGUAUUUUGAAAAGAUAUUCGUUUAUCUCUGCUUCCUGGAGCGCAAUGUUCUGUACCCGGCAGUAGUAGUAGCGGCUACAACGCAAGACGCGCCCGCAAUAGCGGAGAAGUACGGCGACGCUGUUGGCGCUCUUAUCAUAUGCGUGUGCGCAUUGAAAUGUCUCAGAAACGCAUACUCAGAACCCGAUAGCCAGUAUCUUAUACUAGUUUUCGCGGUUCUUUUGUUCCAACGUGACCUCAGCAGUCAGAAAGUGUCCGAGACGUUUCUAGUCGACUAUUUCAUAACUGCUAUUAUCUUUAGCAAAGUCUACGAAUUUCUUUUGAAGAUCCAGUUCGUGGUGACGUACAUCGCGCCGUGGCAGAUCACGUGGGGCAGCGCCUUCCACGCGUUCGCGCAGCCCUUCUCCGUGCCGCACUCCGCCAUGCUGUUCCUGCAGGCCGCGCUGUCCGCCGCGCUGUCCUCGCCGCUCACGCCGGCGCUCGGUAGUGCCAUAUUUAUGACGUCAUACGUCCGCCCUGUAAAAUUUUGGGAACGGGAUUACAAUACGAAGAGAGUCGAUCAGAGUAAUACAAGACUCUCGUCUCAGUUGGAGAGAAAUUUGGGAGCAGAUGACAACAAUCUUAACUCCAUAUUCUACGAGCAUCUAACUCGGUCGUUACAACAUUACUUGUGUGGAGAUUUAAUGCUUGGGAGAUGGGGUCAAGUGCAGCAAGGGGAUUGUUUUGUACUAGCGUCAGAUUACUUAAACUGCCUGGUCCACAUCGUGGAGAUGGGAAAUGGUCUGGUGUCGUUCCAACUGCGUGGUCUCGAGUUCAGAGGGACUUAUUGUCAGCAGAGAGAAGUUGAGGCUAUAUCAGAGGGACCUGAAGAACUUAGCGAGGGCGCGUGCGGCGCGCGCUGGCUGUGCGGCGGGCGCGUGCUGUCGCCGGGCGCGUGCUGGGCGCUGCGCUGGCUGGCGUGGCAGCUGGCAGCCGCGCGCUACGUGCUGGAGGGCUACUCCGUCACCGACAACAGCGCCGUCUCCAUGCUGCAGGUCUUCGACUUCCGCAAAGUGCUGCUCACCUACUACGUCAAGAGCAUCAUAUACUACACGAUACAAUCGACUAAGUUGGAGGAGUGGUUGGCGUCAGCUGAACUUAGCGAGGCUCUGAAGCCGAUGGGGGAACGAUCGUUCGUGGAUUUGGAUCCAAUCUUCAACGUCAACCUCGACGAAGAUUACGACUUCAGAGCUUCCGGGAUAACCAGGGCCCGCUUCUGCGCCGUGUACCAGGAGUGGGCCGUGCACUGCAGCGCGCGGCGCGGGCCGGGCUGGCGGCGGCGCGCGGCGGCGCGGGACUCGCCGCUCGUGACGCUGUGCUUCGCGCUCAGCCUGCUGGGCCGCCGCGCGCUGGCCGCCGCGCAGCACCUGUCCGCCUCCAGCGUGGAGUUCUUCCUGUACGGGCUGCACGCGCUGUUCAAGGGCGACUUCCGCAUCACGUGCGCGCGCGACGAGUGGGUGUUCUCGGACGUGGCGCUGCUGCACUCCGUGCUGGCGCCCGCCGUGCGGAUGGCGCUCAAGCUUCACCAGGACCACUUCAUGUUCCCCGAGGAGUACUGCAGCAGCGCGGCGCUGUACGCGGCCAUCUCGUCGCACGCGCAGCGCCUCGUCAUCUGCCACGAGGCGGCGCCGGCGUGGCGCUACAACGUGCUGCGCGGGGCGCCGCACCUGCUGGCGCUCCGCCACGUCAUGGACGAGGGCAACGACGAUUACAAGAUUAUCAUGCUGAACAAGCGUCAUCUCGGCUUCCGUGUGAUCAAGCUGAACCGGGAGUGCGUGCGCGGCCUGUGGGCGGGGCAGCAGCAGGAGCUCGUGUACUUGAGGAACAGGAAUCCGGAGAGAGGCUCGAUACAGAACGCCAAGCAGGCUCUCCGCAACAUAAUCAACUCGUCGUGCGACCAGCCCAUCGGCUACCCGAUAUACGUGUCGCCGCUCACGACCUCCUAUGCCGACACGUCGCCGCAGCUGUGCGCGCUCACCGGCGGACCGCUCACCGUCACCGCCAUCCGCGACCACCUGGCGGCGCUCUGGAGGCGCGUGCGGCGGCGCUGCGGCGAGGGCUGCUCGAGCGGCGCGUGCGAGGCGAGCGCGGCGGAGGCGGGGCGCGCGCCCGCCCGCACGCCGCCCGCGCGCGCCGCCCUCAGUGGUACCCGCGGCAGCCUGUCCAGCGCAGGCAAGCCGACAUCUUCAACCCUAGCGUCGCUGGCGGGACUCCUACGGGAACAUUCGCACGAGCGUGCGCCGGAGGAGCCGGGCGGCGGGGCGCUGUCGGCGGAGGCGCGGCGCGACGAGCGCGGCGCGCGGCGCGAGCGCGGCCUGCGCGCGCGCACGCAGCCGGGUAAUCGAAGCCGCGUCCGUCGCGAUAUAGCUCUGCCGGCUUCGUUCCGACUGCUCGCCGCGUCCGACAACCUGAGACCUCUCGACCAAACGGACCCACGUCUGGGAGAAGAUGGACAGAGUUCAACCGGUGGCUGGGAGUUCGGCUGGCGAGAGCAACCGCGUCGCGCUGCCAGCGCCAAGGUGUCGGGCUCGCGCGGCUCGGGCUCGGGCUCGUCGCUGGAGGAGGCGAGCGGGCUGGACGUGUCGCUGCCCGACUGUAAGAUCAUCGCCAACAGGAACGCCAGGCAAGCCAGCUUUCACAGGUAUUUCAUUAAUGAGGGUACGUCCAAAGAUCUUUCUAAAUUGAGCAAAGACAUCCGUCACGAGAGGGAAAGCUACCGAGAACUGACCGGACGUUACAUAGAAAAAUCCGAAGCUAUACCGCUCAAGGAGACCCAUUACUCGGACAUAUCCAAUAAAGAAUCGAUAUUGAAAAAGGAAGCUAAAAAAGACCCAAAGCCCAAAGAAAUAAAGACUAAAAUCAAACGUUCAGACUCUGGUAGGAGUGAACUGAAAGCGAAUAUAAGUGUAGGAAGUAAGGUACUAAUAGUUGAACCGCUGGGCGUCUACGACUGCAUCAAUCUGGGGCGCAGGAUCGACGUGCUCUGGCCUUCCGAGUACCAGCGCGAGAGGGGGGGCAGGAACUACUGGGGCAGCUGGGUCCCGAUGGCUGGGAUGGAUGGAUUGGUGGUGCACAAGUGGAGCCCCAACCAUCGCGACCCGAAGUUGCGCUCACACGUAGACAAAAGCAUCCUGCUGCUGCAGCUAGACGACCGCUUCGUACCCAUCGCAGAGACCUGCGUGCAGGACCUCGGUGAUGAAGUCUAGUCCAACAACAUCACAGAACUUUUACCUUCUCACGAGAUGUGACUGAAGUCCUUGGGAAUCUAAACUUAUUCCCGUGCUUUAGAGACAAUUAUGCUACUUCCCGCUACGGUCAAAGAUUACAAUCUUCGUCAGUACCGGGAAACAUAUACUUAAAUUGAUACACUUAAAUUCUUCGCAAACAUCAUGGUCCUAAAGGUACGUCCUACAGUACCUACUACUACGGACAACGUACUUCGAACUUUAUAUCGUUGUAAUAAAACUGAAAGUGAUUAAAACUGAAUAAUAUUUUACAGAAAGAUAACUAAAGUUGAGAAAUAUAUUCUUAUAUUAUAGGUGGAAAUGUUUGUAACUUAUACUUCGGAAAAACUGCCUCGAUCAAUUUUAACUAAUAUCAUAUACAAAUCACAAGAAUAAUGUUCACCUUAAACAAUUUAUUUAUUCUUGAUACAACAAGCCGAAGUAAACUGUAUCUCGUUAAAAUAGAGUUGAAAAUGGCAAUGUGUUUACUAACAAAUAUGUUAUUUAUUCGACGUUACUAAAACUAAAACGAAUUAAAAUGCACGUUCGCU